UGUAUUUUUUUACCGCUCUGAAUUAUUUUUGUUUAUUUCAUUCAUUAUAUUUCAUAAUCGUGCUUUGGCAACAUGUCAUGCCAAUAGAGCCUCUUGAAUUGAAUUGACAAAAAUUACAAAAUGUAAUAUGCAAAGAAUCCAGGUAAAUAUUAGCAGCACAUUCAUAACACAUGUAGGUAGUACAAACACAUAUUUACAAACAAUAAAUACGAUUAAAGCACUAUUGAAUCAUAAAAGCAUGAGCAUAUAUACAUGAACAAACUCACCCAGAGGUAUUAGCGAAAGAGAUUUCAUCAUUUACUUGUUCAACAGAGUUAAAUUUGAAGAGAAAAAGUAAAAACUUAUACUGAGUGAUCGUGACAGUUGUGUUUAUGAGUGAAACUGUUUGGCUGAUUGGUUGAAUUGACUUUCCCACCACCACUUGGCUUGUGACGUCACCGGGUUAAUUGUGCAAUCAGCAGGAAUUUGUGGAGCUUAAAAAAAAUAAAGAAAAGAAGGAGGAAUGUCUCCUCCCCUCCCCGGGUUUCUUCCCCUCGAGCCCCGCCUCGGGCACCAGCAGCACACCUGGACCACCACGGAGCGGCAGCAGGUAAAGGCUGAGGAAGGACGUCGGCGUCAGCGGCUCCGUGUGAAGAGGACGCGGGCUGUCUGCUGGUGAAAGGCUCUCCGACUCCGAAAAUACUGGAUUUGCUGUCUGGUUUCACAGAGAGAGACAGGCAUCAUGGGCGAGGCACAGGUCAGAGAAGAUGGUACAGUGAUGAGAUCAGCAGAGUACGUAGGCUCAUUUUCUGUGGAUGACUGCUGCUUGGAUGAUCAGAUAGAGCAACUGCACACUCAGCUGAAGCUCCUCAAAAGUUGCAAAAGACGGAGGCCUGUAUCGCUGAAAUUCUCCAUCAAAGGUGUGAAAAUGUAUGACGAGGAUGAAACGACCCUCCUGAUGGCUCACGCUUUGCGUAGAGUCUCUCUGUCCACCGCCCGGCCCUUCGACACCCAGUUUGCCUUCGUCUCCCACAACCCGGGCAGCGCUGAUGCCCAGCUGUACUGCCACGUCUUCCAAGCCAGGCAUUCCAGAGCGGCGCAGUUCCUGAACCUGCUGCUGUGCCGCUGUUUCCAGCUGUGUUACCUGGCGAAGCACCCAGAGGAGGCCCAGAAAGACUCCGUCGGCUCAAUGCCUCGUCGUAACCACUCCUUGCUCAACCACGGCUUCCCUCUCAGCGUCAGCGCCCUGGUCUCCUUCAGAAGAGCCCCUUUCCAGGGCUUGCUGCCGGGGAUUAAGAAGAAUCGAAAGUCCUCCGAUGACCUGCACAGCAGCCCCGAUGAAGUCUUCCCCACCUCCUCCCCCUCGCUGGUGCGAAAGAAAGCCAUCCGCACUAAAGCGCUGCGCUCCGGGGCUUACCGCUCCUUCACGUUCACGCCGCUCAAACAGCGCAGCGUUCAGGAGCGACUGAGUGCGUCACAAGGAGAGGGCACAGACGGAGCGCCGGUGAGGAGAUCCCGCACGCCAAGCUUGGCCGAAACCGAGGAAGCGCUGGCUCAGGAAGUGUGGUGUUGGGCUGGUAUCGCAACUGACAGCAGCUGUUCCCUGCUUGCAGAUGAUGUUCUGGGAUCGUACCUCCUGUGCCCUCAUCCUAAAAAACCUCAAAGUGGCUCUCUCAUCAUUCGCUUCCCCUCUGGCCUGAUCACCCACCUCAUCGAAAACACCUGCAAAGGGAAAUUCCUGCUGGAGACAUACACUGCUGAAUUCAGUUCCUUAGCCGAGCUGAUCGAACACUACACGGGGACUCGGGGUGAGCUGGCGUGUCUGCUGAGCUGUGCCCGGGUAAACCACUGUUACGAGUGGGAGGAACACGGCAGCCAACAGCCGGCUGUAAAGCCACACAAGAGCCUGAACAAAGCCAACAUUACAAGUACCUUCAGAAAGCACUGGUUUUAACCCCUGCACACUGGAACUUGUGGAUUGCCAACCUCAGACUGAGUGACUCCUUUUAUUUUAUUUUGCACAUAUAUAAUCUCUUAUCUUUUUAAAAUCACAUGUGGUGUUUUUGGGAGGCUUCAUUAACUGCAUAACUGCACCUAUUGUUGGCACUUAAUGUACAGUGUACAAGUAAUUUCCUCAAAGGGUACUCUUCUGUAAAGGCGUAAUAUGUUGUGCUUGCUGCUUUUUUUUUUUAUGUAUUUCAAUAUAAUCUUUUUUUAAAGUAUUUUUAUUUGUGCCUGUAAGGCAGCAGAGGAGUUUAUUUGUGUGUUUUUUAAGAUGUAAAAUGUAACUAUUAGAAACCCUGGAGUGGAAUUGAUCCCACAAAUAUAUUUAAUCAAAUUGUAUUAUUCCCUGAAUUUUAAUCUUGCCUCUUGAGAAGGGACAUGUUUAAAUUAUCUGUGUUUAAAGUCUGUAUGAAGUCACAGUUUACUGGUUUUAACUGGUAAUGUUUGUUAAUAUCAGUGCGCAGGGUAUAUUAAAGUGCACGCUGUCGUAUGAAACUAGGUCUUGAUCAUAAGGUUGUAUGUGAGAUUAUUUUCUGGUUCAUUAUAACUAAUUCAAGUGUUUUUUUUGCACCAUCUUUUCCACAUUAGGCCAACAAACAGUUUUCCUAUUGUUCAGCCCUGUUUGAGAUUAAACGACAGAUGUUCUCUGUUUUCAACCCAAAUCCAGCAGAACUGUUUUCCUUUAUUCAUGACUGCAUAGCACAACCUCACCUGCAGGUUUGAUAUUGAUGCUACUUGCCUCUGCAAAUUAUUUAUGC